AUGAUAAUCUACACCCUCAACCAGAAUUUGAACUGUGUUUACAGGGACAGCAUUCAUGAAGAGGUAUGUGACAUGAUCAACAAGAGAUACAAUGAGUUUCUACCCAGCAUGCAGGGGGCAGAGGUACUCAUGGGACAGGCUGAAGAGGUUUCUAAAGAAAUUGAUGUCCUCAAAAGCUGCAUUGAGACAGAGGUGCAGCAGAAUCUACAUACAGCCGUGACAGAAUAUGCCAAGCUAAAGCAGCAGCUGGAGAGAAACACUACUGUCAUUGCCAUGCUCAGGCACCUAGAAGAGUUUCACAUUGCAAUGGAGGAGUUUCACAAAGCCCUACUGGAGAAGAAGUAUGUAAUUGCGGCCAAACAGUUAGAAAAUGCCCGGCACAGUGCAGACUCUCUGAAGGCGUGGAAAGGCUCUGAGCUGCCUCUGCUGAGAGGACUCAGCUCAGAGCUCACUGUCCAGAGAGAGAACCUCAUCUACCAUCUGGGGGACGAGUGGAAGAGACUGGCCGUCUGGAAACUGCCUCCUUCCAAAGAGCCGACGGGGAUGAAGUCGUUCCUGAAGACUGAGCUCCAGCUGACCCUGGGCGGGACCAAGGAGCCCCAACAGAGCCCUCCGCCUCUGCUCUCCUGUGUCCUCCAGGCCCUGACCAUCCAGGGGGAACUCCAACACAAGAUCAAACUCUUCAGCCAGGUGCUGCUGAAGUACCUGCUGAAGCCGCUGAUCACGUACCCCUCUAACGUGGAGGUAUCGGAGCAGCAAGGUGAGGGCACCCUGCUCUCUCUCCAGUUUGCCGAGACCCCCGAUGAGCACCCCAGCCCCUCACAGGUCUACACCAAGGUCCUGAUGGUACUCAAGACCUUACACACACACCUGCUAGACGUAUCAGUUGGUGAGAGAAAAGUGUCUGUGAUACUCGGAGACCUGGUAUGGCAGGAGAUGUCUCAUUGCAUCAUCCAUGAGUGCCUCCUGUACUCCAUCCCAACCAAUAGCUGCCAGCUUGAACAGUACAGUGCAGUGAUCAAAGAGACGGAGGAGUUUGAGAAGUCCUUGAAGGAGAUGCAGUACCUCCGAGGAGACUCCACCGAGCUGCUCAAGUAUGCCCAGGACGUCAACUGCCACUUUGCCAGCAAGAAAUGCAAAGACGUGAUCGUGGCGGCACGCAAGCUGAUGACCUCCGAGAUGCACAACACCGUCAAAAUCGCCCCAGAUUCUAAGCUUUCCGUCCCCAUGCUGCCCAGCCCUGGCUCUGGAGACAUCAAGGGCAAGCAGGGGGCCAAGAAGCUUGAGGCGUCCAGGUUGGAGAACGAGAAGCAGCUGGGUGCGCGGACGCUGUGCCUGCCUGUGUGUCGCAUCAGUGAGUCGGUGCAGCAGCUGAUGGAGCUGGCCUUGCACACACUGUCCGAGGCUGUGGGAAGCUCCAGCCAAUGUGCUACCCAACUGUUCUUCACAGUGCGGAAUAUAUUCCAGCUAUUCUAUGAUGUUGUGCCUACAUACCAUAAAGAGAACCUGCUCAAGUUCCCACAUCUGGCGGCCAUCCAGCACAACAACUGCAUGUACAUCGCCCACCACCUGCUCACCCUGGGCCACCAGUUCAGUCCACGCCUGCCUGACCCCCUCAGUGAGGGUGCUGCCACCUUUGUGGACCUGGUGCCCGGCUUCAGGAAACUGGGCGCUCAUUGCUUCCUGGCCCAUCUGAACGUCCAGAGAACAGAGAUGCUGGAGCGUCUCUCCACCGCACGCAACUUCUCCAACCUGGAUGACGAGGACAAUUACUCUGCAGCCAGCAAGGCCGUCAGGCAGGUCAUCCAUCAGCUGAAAAGGCUGGGCACCGUCUGGCAAGACGUUCUACCAGUCAACAUAUACUGUAAAGCCAUGGGGAUUCUCCUCAACACUGCCAUCUCAGAGCUGAUUGCCAAAAUCAUGAUGCUGGAGGAUAUCUCCACUGAAGAUGGGGAGCACCUACAAAUCCUCUGUCAGACCAUUAUCGAGGAAGGACCCCUGGUGUUCAUUCCACUGCCUGAGGAGAACAAGAACAAGAAGUACCAGGAGGAGGUACCCAUUUACGUGAAGAAGUGGAUCACCUUCAAGGAGCUGGUCAUAGUGCUGCGAGCUAACCUGCAGGAGAUAGUCGACAGGUGGGCGGAGGGGAAAGGGCCACUGGCGCUGGAGUUCUCUAGUUCCGAUAUGAAGAGCCUAAUCCGAGUUUUGUUCCAGAACACUGAGAGGCGGGCGGUGGCUCUCACCAAAAUCAAAUAG